AUGGAACAAAAGCAGCAAUUCAAGCUAUUUAUAGAUAUUCUUGAAUUUAGGAACCUAAUUAUAGGCUCGCUCAAAGACCUUCCAAACCCUAUGAUAAUUGUGUCAUUUCUCUCAAAAUCAGCACGCACCUCACUAUUUCCAAAAAAAAGCUCAUCAAUUGUGAUGGAAACCCUUCAAAUGGAAAAACUCAUGCUUUCAAUAGACGAAUUCGAAAAUGAAGAAAUUGAAAUUAAAGCAGUCCAUCAGGUUUCGCUGCAAAGACCAUUGGUUAUAGGAACUUUUAGAAUCAAAAUUAAACAAGUUUAUUUGUAUUUAGGACAUCACUUGUAUAAUCAAUGAUGCGCUCUGACUAAUGAUGCAGAAAUUAAUGGGUAUAUAAGGUUUUCUAUCGCAGCGCUAAGGGCUGGGGAUGAGCUAUCUUUUCUGCCAGAUAAAAAAGACUUUGUAAAUGAAUAUGACACUAAUAUUUUAGGCCUCCCUGAAAGCGCAAAAUCAUCAAUUCAGCUUAUAGUAAAUAUUCAUAGAGGAGAAUUAGAAAUGAAUAGGAUUCAGGUAGAGUCAAACACAUAUAUAACAGUAAGCUUAGCUGGGACUAUCAGCAAAACCAAAGUGGCAAGAUGCACAUAUUCGCCUGAAUGAAAAGAAAAGUUAUUGAUCCCAGUCCCCCAGCCUACUAUGGCCCAUGAAAUCGAAAUAAGAAUAAUGAUAACCCAAAGGUAUGCAAAUGACUUAAUUAUUGAUAAAAUCGCUAUUCCAUAUAUGCCUUUACUAGCAGAACCAAGAGAGCAUUUCUGAAUUAAUAUAUACGAAGGUGAAAAAAAAGAAAUUUAUUCGGGGAGAAUUUUAGUCAGCAUAAAAAUUGACGAACAAAAUACUGAUCCAAUCCAUCAAAAUUUACCAGCAAAAAUAGGGGUGACUCCAAAUAUACAAACUUAUAUUGUGUGGAUGGAAGUUUUAGAAAUUGCAGGAUUUGGACUGAAUGUACCAUUAAAAAUACAGCUGGAAUUAGGGAAGGAUAAAUUUGAAAGCCAUUGAGUUGAAGCUCAAAACCAGCGAUGAAUAUGAGGGAAAUUUGGAAAAUUCCCUGAGUGAUUUGUAGAUCUUCCAGAAGAUCCUGCACAGUUGCCAAAAUUUAUUUUUAAGGUGAUCGCGAAGCUUGAUAAGCAUGAAAAGUGCAUAGCAGUUAUGGCGUUUAACUCAGAAGAGUUAGUAAAGACCGGAGCAAAGCCUUUAAAACCGGCAUGGAAAAUGUUUAGCAAUGUUCAGGAUAAAAAAAAUAAAAAUUCAAAAAAUAAUCUUGUAGGCUCAGCAUUAUUCAGGCUAAAUAUGACUGCAGUUGGAAACGUUAACUAUUUCAGACCAGAUAAUUUUGAAAUUAAUUAUAAGCCAUUUGAAGUAAUUGCUGUCGCUUUACAAGCUCAAGGGAUAAAAAUUUCUGAUGUAGGCGGGCUUUGUGAUCCUUUUGUGACAAUAUCUAUAAAUGGGGUAUCAAAAAUGACGGAAAUCCAGUAUCAAUGCUUAAACCCGCAAUGAAACCAAAUUAUUUCUUGGAGAAUUGAUUUGCCUGAAAAUUUAACAGACUGCACCCUUUUUCAAGUAGAUUUAUGAGACUGAAAUGAGUUUCCUCAAGAAAACGAAAAUGAAGGAGUGAUAACUCUUGAUCCUUCCUCUAUAAAACUAGCAGAAAAUUUUGAUGAAAUCCCACCUAUUCCUAGUUGGCACCAUUUAAUAUCAACUUCUGAAAUUUCUAAACCAAAAAUCCUAAUGUCGUUUUUGCUUAUACCACUGCGAGAUAAAAAACAAAUAAUUCCAAUCCCUUCAAUAGAAAAAAUCUUAUCUUUUGCUGCCUGCAAUCUACAAAUUUUAAUAAUUGGAACUAGAAAACUACAGCCUUAUGGGCUAAUGCCAUUGAAGUCUCCAUUUGUAAGGGUUUCUGCUAGUAAUAGCCAAGCCUCUGAUACUAGAAUAGGCUUUCGCCAAUACGAUACCAAGGGAAGCAACCACAAUUAUUUAGAAAUUAUUAAUAUGAAGCUCAAUGUACUCAAAGACCCGGAGUUUUCUCCUUGUGUUGUUUUUAAAGUCCUGGAAAGGGCAACAACGUCAGAAAAUUUAUUAGGAGCAAUUUCUAUUAAUUUAGGCAAGUAUUUGCCAUGGAUGAGCCUAGGAAAGUAUAACUAUGAGGAAUAUGCAGAACCUCCGAAAGCUUUUAAUAUGCAAAAACUGAAGACAUACAACCAGUUUGAUGAAAAUUCUGAUGAAAACGAGGAAGAAGAAGAAGUAGAAACCCGUGAGAUGGAUCAAACAGAAACUGAUACAGACUUUAUAUUAGGAGAAAAAUUAAACUAUAAGAUAGGUGAUGGGGUUAUUCAUAUUGAUUAUGAUACUGUGGAUCUCACUUUUGAUGAGCCUGAAAAAAAAGUAUAUAAAGAGAAUAAACAGUUAUGACCUGGUUAUGAGCCUCCAAAUCCAAAUAGAAAUGUGAUUGAAGGGACUUUUGAAGACAAUUAUGGAGUUAAAAUCCCAUUUGAGACUUUUCAGCUGAAAAGAUUAUCAGACACUGGAAAACUGAUGAUUACUGGCUAUCUUCGAUGCAUCAUCCGAAUGACUUAUGACAGCAACCCCGACCAGAAGUAUUUAAACUCCAUUAUAAAGCGCUACAAAGAAGUCGACACCUUAACAGCAAGGUUUUAUGUCCUCUCAGCUAAAAAUUUAUCAAUAAAAGACGAAAAACCCCCUUCUUCCUACGUAUGGUUAAACUCUGUUGAAGGCAUUGAAGACUAUAGAUUUGAUAAAAGGGUUUUUAAUGAAAAUUCUGACCCUUUGAUUAUGACUUGCUAUAGCAUGAAAGCUAAAAACCCUGACGAGUUUUAUGUAAAUUUAAGCCUAUACGACAAGCAAGAGCAGAGAAACGAUGAGCUAAUCGGCUACACAGAAUAUGACUUAGAGCAGCGAUGAUUUAACACAGAAUACCAAGAAAUCAAAUUUAAAGGCUUAAAAGAAAUUCCUAUAGAAACAAGAGAUUUAUACUCAGGGCAUACAGCAAUGAAGCAAGGGGAAGUCCAAGUUUGGCUUGAACUUUUAACUUCAAAAGAAGCUGCUGAAAACCCUGAAGAAAUUUUAAUGCAGAGAUCUGACACUGAUUUCGAGCUGAGAGUAAUUGUGUGAAAACUUAAAGAUUUAAGGCUAAAAAAAUGCAAAAAUUUGUGUGUGAAAGGAUAUGUUGAGUUUGAAAAAGAUAAUGAAAUUGAGCAAGUGACUGAUGUGCAUAAAGAUGCUAAAGAUACUGCAGUAUUUAAUUGAAGAUUUAAGUUUAGGUUUAAACUGCCAGCAUUUGAUAGCAUGUUGAUGAUUGAGCUUUAUGAUGCGAAAAAGGAUAAACUUUUGGGGACUGCUGAUAUUGAUCUUAAUGAUUUUUAUAUGGAAGUUCAGAAAUCGCUAGGAAUAAGUAGCCUGCCUAGGACGUGGAUUAAUGUGUAUUCUACUAAAGAUGAAGAAUUGAUAGGAAAAAUUCAAUUAGAGGCGUCAAUGCUGCUGGCUGAAGAUGCAGAUAUGGAUCCAGUAGGUGAAGGAAGAUCAGGCCCGAAUAAAGAUCCACCGCUUGAAACUCCAGAAGCAGGAAGAGGAUUUCAAGAGAUUGAAAAUGAAAUUUAUUCAGCUGAAGAAGACCUAAAAUCUUUGAGAAAGAAGUUCAGAAUAUAUAUAGCCUUAUUUAUAUGUAUCAUUAUAUGUGUCACAGUUCCUAUUGUAAUUGUAAGUGCCAUAUAA